CGUAGAAACAAUAUGGCGGAAAAUGGCCCGUCAGCGGCAGCCGCGCUUUCUUCAAUGUCCGAGAUUGGGACGCGUAAGCUGGGACCGCGCGUUUCUCCGAGGCAGAUGGAGAUGUUGCUGGAAUUCCUGAACGAACACCCGUACUUGGCGAGUGGCUCCAAGGAGAAGACAAAAGAAGUGGAGCCAUGGGAGCGCGAACGGCUCUGGGAAGAAGCGGCAGCUAAGCUGAACGCCAAGGGUCCAGCCGUCAAAACACGUUACGCGUGGCGCAAGUUUUGGUCCGGCCGAUCGGCGCAGAUCAAGAGGACGGUAGCGCGGAUCGCCAAAAUGAGGGAGGAGAGCAAGAUGCCUCCACGGCUCCCUCCGCCACCGCCUGGUGCACAGCCACCGCCAGAAGCGGGCCAAAUCUUGCUACUGGUCAAGCAGGAUGGAGGGCCGACCGGUGGGGGUCGUCUCCUGCUGCCUAGACCUGUGCCUCAUCCUCCUCCACAGCAGCAGGUCCUCCUGCAUGUCGGUGAGCCAAGCACCAUGUUCAUGGCCGCCGACUGCCCGGCCAUGCAGACUGCGAUGCCCGCAGAGGUCGCCACCACACGAGGGGGCACCCUGCAGCAGCCUGUCAGCAGUGGCAGGGUGCUGGUUGAACAACCGGCUUCAACUGAUGCCAACCAUCAGGGGCCUCCCAUCUUGCAGCGACACGUGUUGGCCAAUGGGCAACCCCCGCCAGACCCCGACAGCAUCCCCGUGCUGGAGCCCAUAACCGCUGAGGAGCACUUCCAUGCUGAGAUGCUGCACCAGACUAUUCGGCAAACAGCCCUGCUGCAGGACAUGUUGGGCGCCCAGCAGCGGAUCGCAGAGGCGGCCGAGCGACAGGCCCAAGCUGCAGAGGAUCAGAGCCAUGCACUGUCGCAGCUGGUGCUCUUCCUCGUCGAGAAUCAUCGCUCGAACAGAAACAGUGGCUCGAACCUGUCCUCAUCGGUGGUGGACGACUCCUCCUGUCCCGAGGCAACCGUGCCACUCUCCAUCACGCCCGAGAUUUUACAGGUGGAACACUCGACAUGAAAUGCGGCCUGUGUCUGGGCAACAGCAAAUAGCCCGACUCAUUUGGCCACCAUCACUAUCACGUGAAGAAUGUGCAGCUGUCUCGUCAUGAUGUGCUACUGUGCUGUGCAAUGCCGGUGUGUGCGUUACUGUCAUCUGAUCCCCAAUGCCAAGUGACAGCAUCUGUGGUGCAGAAGACAUCCAUAUGAGUUAUGGUAUCUCUGGAGGGUCAUUUACGAGCACUCUAGAACACUCCCAAAAGGCCAAUAUUACUGGGACAGUUGAAAAAGGGCUACACUCAGAUGGUCGUUUCUGAUCGCCCAAGUCCAUAUCGGAGCACCAUGAGGUGCUUUUACUAUCGCCAUCGGAGCGGCCAAGAAAUCUGGUCGCUUUCCGGUCAUGUGACCUCACCCUUCACGCAGUUUCGCUUGCAAAUCUCUCUCUGUUCGCGGCGAUAGCAAUUAUUAUCGAGGUGUGCUGACCAUGUUACCAGCAGUUCUCCUCAACUUUAGUUUCCUUCCCUCUGACUGCUCUGAAAAGCAGCCAGCUGUUUGGUUGGCAUACCUGUUACUUGGAUUGGAGCGCUUGGAUUUAAAGGAGCGCAGCGACUAUCCAAAAAUGGCAUCAAUUUCAUCGUAGUAUCAAUGUGGUAAUGAAUCAGAAUGAGGGACUUUGCACGAUUGAAGGCCUCAGAAUGAAAUCUAUUCCUGGUCUCAAACGGCACUCGAUCAUGUAAAUACUGAAAUGUGUUAGUGAUUUGACUAGCUGGUUCUUCUGCUAUGUUUAGGCGCUUAAAGGGACACAAAAGAGCAGCGAUAAUUUUGUUUAGUUGGGUAAAGUUCUUUUGCAACACCUUCUGCAUUUAUUUGAUGGAGAGAGGUUGGUUCUUAGAGCACUAUAUAAAGGGCGAAGUUCCCAU